UUGUUGAUCCUCUUUGGCUUUCAACCGUGCACGACGUGUCUCUCUCUCGCUCUGCAACUGGAUUCUCUCUCUUCCAUCUGGGUCGCGGGUGUGCCAGGGCAAGUGAAGUGUGUCCCAGGCUUUUCGCCAUGUGAGCCUCGUCCACUCACACCCCCCACCUGCGUGCCUGGUGACACCCCCUGCCACACCCGUCCCAGCAACGACAAGCUGAGCCAUCAGGCGAAGAUGGAUUCGCCGGACCAAGUGCACGGGAGGAUCUACGCCAUGGAGGACUCCCCCCAGGUAGGUCAUUGUUUGGUAUAUCGGGGUGGUGACCGUGGGGGCGGUUGGUAGAAGAGUGGGGACGGGGUCGUGCAUGGCGGUGGGCAGUGUAGUCGGGCCUACGGGGGUCCCAUGGCCCGGUUGUGCUGUGAGGGGUGAAGGGGCAAGUGGGUAGUGUCGCUCGGCCCUGGUCACACUGUGUGACCGUGAAGGGGACACGUAGCCCGUGCCCGUGAGGGCGCUAAGGUAUUUCGUGGUCCGUGGACGCCCCGCCCAACAACCUUCACUCACCUUGCUUCCGCCGUCACGACGCCGUCCUCAUUUGGAUAUCAGCAGUUCCUCGCGGAAUCUGCCUAUGAUCCCUAUCACUCAUUUGUCCUGCCUGGGUGAUGUAGUCAGAGCCGAAUGGACCUCUGGGCCACAUUCCCAGAGGUGAUAGUGGUUUUCCUGGCUCUACACCAUAGCCAGGUUUUCCCACUAUUCCUCUGACUACUUUACUUUAUUUACAUUUACAUAUCUAACUCUGUAAUUUCUAUUGAUGAGGGCUCAUGGCCAUAUCAAAUGCUAAUAAAUUGAAUAUUGAAUUGAAUUGUAGACAAGCACGGUUUUCAUGUCAAUUUUCAAAUCGGGAUGAGUUCCUUCAAUCCCGGCAAGGUAGGUCAGCCUGUUAACCUGAACUUGGUGGAAAAGCUGAUCAAAUUAUAUGUGAAAAUUGAGGGCUUGAGGAAUUUUGUUUUGUUGGAGAAAGAUUUUGCAAAGAGAGAAAAAUUGCGAGAAGAGCUUCAUGUAGAGGAGAAACUUUUGGCAAGUUUUCUGAACCAGGACACAUCCAUGGAAAUCUUUAACUUCAUGGAUCAAACGAACGUUUUCUUGACCAGGGCGAAUGAAAAUAUGAUGUCUGUCAAAGCAAUUAAGGACAAAAUCUCAGAAGAUGUGAGAAAGAUGGGAGAAUUGGCAGCACAAGUUAAGGAACUAAUGGCCAAACCUUUCGAUCAUUUGGAGCGAUUGGAGAAAAUUGUUAAGAAAAUUGAACAGGAUAAAGUUCGGACUGAAUUUUAAGAUGACUUACAUACAAACUUGUUUAACACGGCAGAGAAAUCCACGUGUGGGUAAAAUGGGAUGAAAUUAAAUAUAAAUUAUUAUGCACUGUACUUUUAUGCUUUUUCAACUUGACGGGAUAAUUAUUGCAUUGCAAAUAAGUAGUAUUAA